AUGGCGGAAUUUGUCGAUGUACAGGGAGAAUAUUACAAGAGAAAACCAAGCUCAGAAUCGAACGAACGAAUGCAUAGAAAGUGCAUUGAGAGACUUGACAAAGCCUGUCGAUCUUGUAAGUAACCAAGGUCAAUUAAUGCCCUUUGAUCUGGAGCCUGGAGCUACGUACCGGUGGUGUGAUGUAUAACAGUGUUUGCUGAGUGAUGCGAUCAUGUCGGAUUUUAAGCUUGAUAUGAUAGGCCAGAUUAAUCUUUACUAAAUGACAAGAUGUUAUUUAUUUUUUUCUGUUAGCGGCUUACGUGAAAUUUAUGCUGGAGGCAAUGAGCAAACUAGGAUGGUAAGUACCUUAGAGCAAUGGCUCUUCUUAUCCGGGCCGGACGGGGUGGGGAUACUCCUAGGAAUUUUUGUAAGGGAUGUGCUACGGAGUUAUCCAAAUUUCCCCGGGGGGCACUCCCAUAUAAAAGUGACAGGGAUGCUUAUCGGGAAAUUCAAAUUAAACCCAAGGGGACCACUGUGGGUGUGGCUCAAGCUUAACCUAUCCUCUAAGGGGGAUUUCUGUGUGGUCAGUGUUAGGGCACUUUUUGUAAAUUUCUUUGCGAUACCUGAAUGGGCAAGAAUAGUAACUUUCCAUCCCAAACAUCCUAAGUGAGACCAAAAUCUGCAAUUUACAACCCAAAGUGAAACAAUGAGCAUCCCCGUCACUUUUAUAUGGGAGUCCCCUCCCUGGGCCAAAUCCUGACCCUGCUUCAGGUCAAAACAUACCUUUUUCCACCCCAUGUUUUUGCCUAUAGGCUUAUAAAAUCCACACCCGUUUUUAGAGCUGGCUUCUGAUAGCUGUACUCAAAUUGCAAACCUGCAAUUAUCCAAGGAAAUCAACAUAUUGUUUAGGCAUAACUUUAUGCAUUGACACUGAAUGUUCUUUCCCCUUUUCAUUAGCUUUAAAGAUGAGGUAAAACAACAACAACAAAAAAUCAGUGGCUGAAGCGAGCUGAGUGCCAGACUGGCAAGGUUGGGAGGGCUGCCCUUUCCCCUCCCAAGACUCUUUGUUUCACCUUUUUUUCCCACUCCAGAGCCAGGUUCCAGGCUAAAAAAAAUGUUGGAUUUUAUUGACAACCAACAUGGCCACGUUAUCAUGUCAAAGGGGGUUUUGGUGUGGAAUGGGUUAUCAUCGAUGUAUUUGGCAUGGCCUUUCCUAGGGGUUAACAAAGAAAAAAAGUAUAAAACACAAUACAAAUAGUAUUUAAUAAAAAUUAUCUUUGAAAAUUCAAUCUGUUUUGCAGUGUUGUUGACCCAGAAAAGCACAUGGUUUGUGAACCAUGCAAUUCGAAGCUUCUUGGAGGGUUUGAUCCUGAUAAAAAAGAGGUACAGCUGUACAGUGUAAGACUUUUCUAUGUAUUUAAUUACACAUACUUCAUAAACUUUACUUUGGCUUUCACUGCACAACCAUGUAACUAACUUUCUUUAUUUUUCACUUCCCAAUAGAUGUUCUUGUGUGAGAAUACAAUAUACUCGCAGAGGACAAUGGAAGAUGUUUUGACCCAUGAACUCAUACAUGCUUACGAUAAUUGUCGAAUAAAAUAUGAUCCUGAUGAUGUCCGAAUGCUAGCUUGUACCGAGGUAUUUGUUUUAUUAUUCCCUUAUCUUUUCUUUUAUAUACUGUUCUCAAUGCAGAUUAUGUACAUAGUCCACCCCACUUCUUUCAAUGCUGUGGCCUUCCUAAUAUUUCAGAACGAUGUAAUCCUCUAGUUCGUUUAGUCCAAAGGAAGCUGAUUUUUUCCUUUUUUUGCAAAGAUUCGGGCUGCAAAUCUUAGUGGUGAUUGCUGGUUUUCAAAGGAGACAUUUGGUCGCUUCAAAUUUGGAUGGAGAGGACAUCAAAAGGUAUUUUGUACUUAAGCCAUUUUAAGUUAACUUUCUUCACAUUACUUAGUACCAACUAGCUGACGAGUAUGAAAGUGGACAUGACACCGUAAGAACCUAUGAUGGUAAAUGGCCUAGCUGGCUUAUCUUUAUAUAAUGUCUCAAAGGUUAGGGUGCUGCAAUGGUUUCUGGGAAUCAUAAUAAUAAUAAUAAUAAUAAUUUAAUUCUUAUAUUGUGCGCUUUCCAUGAAAUGAUCAAGCGCGCAUUACAUGAUUUCUAUCUAUAAAAACUUAAUAAAGGGUAUGUAACUACUAAUUAUUUAAAAUAUACUAUGAUAAAAUUAAAAUAUACAACAUAUGUUAAAAUACUAGUAAUUGUCGUGAUAAAAAUUAAAAAUUAAUAAAUUAAUAAAAAGCUUCCCUAAAGAGGUAUGUUUCAGAUGGCGCUUAAAAAUCCCUAGAUCUGUAAUAGAACGAAUCUCACGCGGUAAUACAUUCCAAAGUGCCGGAGCUGCGACCUGGAAUGAUCUGUCUCCUAAUGUAACCCUACUUCUAUAAGUUGGCGUUNGUAUGUAACUACUAAUUAUUUAAAAUAUACUAUGAUAAAAUUAAAAUAUACAACAUAUGUUAAAAUACUAGUAAUU